AUGCCCUGUCAGGAUUUAAUGGACGUCCGCGUCCUCGUCGAUGGCAAACCUCUCCAGGAAUACCUUGAUCCCGACGGUCCAGCCGACACCUCGCACCAACAGACCCGAUACAUCGAAGUCAAAGCCGGCCAGAAAUUCUCGUUGGAGGUGACCCUUCUUCCAGGCUUCGAGUUUUACAAUGGACGAGGCGUCUUCGCUAAUCUUAGAGUCGAUAACGGCGAAUGGAAAGGCAGGUACGUCAAGAGCAGUCUCGCCCGAGGUUCUCGAGAGAAGCUGCUCCAUCCUCGUUGCAUUGGCUUCACACAGCAAUUAUGCAAAGACGAAGAUACCGGACUCUGGCACAUGUACGAUCGUGUCUUUGGAGCUUUUGGAACCAAUGAUGAAACCACCGUGCCUGCUCAUUUGGAAAACUGUGAUGUCGAUUCUCUUGGAACAAUCCGCGUCACCGUCUUCCGGCUCCGGUGGGAGUCCGAUCUGUCACCGAAAGACUGGAAGAUUCCUGAAACGGUCGACGAGCUGCCAGAGAAGAUGUUGAAGGGGAAACAGUUGAAGAACAUGGUCAAGUUCGAACGAGGCGCCCAAUGCGACCCGCCAGCACCGAUUGUUCACCUAGCCGUACCAGUCCGCGGUGUGCAUGGUCAAGAACACGAAUUCAUUUUCAAAUACCGCAACAGAAAGAUUCUUCAGAACAUCGGAUGCAUUCCUCGAACUCCUUCCCCUGGCCCAGAUGCAGAGUCGUCUCUCAUGCCAGGCCAAACUUCCAAUCCCGAUGCUGUUGUUACCAGAGUCUCGAGGAAGGAAAGAAGAGAGCGUAAUUUGCGCAUGAUCAAGCAGGAGGAAUCACAGCAUGAGCUCCAGAAGGAAACACUACCACCACCCCUGAGCGCGGAUCCGAUGAGUGGACUUAUCCUCCCGAACAUGAAGAGUGAGGUCGACGCAGAGCAAGAUGGCAACGAAGACAAUGUCAAGAAGGGCCAAGACAACGCCAGUACUGAUGGACUGGACCCGUCAAAGAGAGAAGAUGAAGAUGGGACGGUCUCACAGGACAGUUUCGUCUUGAUCCCGGCGAAGCGACCGCGUGAAGAAGACGAGGACGGUGAUGAUGAUGAUGAUGAUGAUGAGCUGGUUGAGGUCGCGCCGCCUCCACGCAAGCGCCUGGUCAUCGUGGACUUAACAGACGAGUAG